AUGACCACCGAAGACCCGAACCAGCCCAACCCCCCCCACCACCCCGACGAGUCCCUGGGCGUCGAGCGCGCCUCGAUGCCGACCACCGUCGACCCCGAGCGAUCCGAAACCGCGCGCAAGUUCGCCAUCGAAGCAGCGCGCACGCUCCACGACGACAAGUGCGAGCAGGUCAUCGUCCUCGACCUGCGCCAGAAGAGCCAGAUCACCGAGUACUUCGUCGUCGCCACCGGCACCUCCGAGCGCCAGAUGCGCUCCGCCGGCCACGACGUCGCCGAACUCGGCGAGCAGAUGGACAUGCCCGUCUUCCGCUCGAACCUCACCGAGACCGGCUCGAACUGGGUGAUCGUCGAUUGCGUGGACGUCAUCGCCCACGUCUUCAGCCCCGAGCAGCGCACGUACUACGACCUGGAGAUGCUCUGGGGCGACGCGAAGCGUGUCGACUGGUCGCGCCCCGGCGAGGAGCCCGCGCCCGGUUCGCUCGGGCGAGACCGCGCCGGCAUCGGGCCGAACGCGACGAAGAGCGACAAGGACCGCACGCAGGACUGA